CUUUGCUGACGUGUGAUCCAGACGAGGUCCUCGCCGGAGAUUUACCGAGCUUGGCCCACGGCGGCGGCGGCGGCAUCGGCGGUGGAUGGAAGGUGGGUGGCGAUGCUGAGGCAGCUGAUCGGCCAGGUCGAGGAGCUCUGGGAGCUCUGCGGUCCUCAUAGCCUCGAUCGCGAUGAAAGAUGCUGUAUUCUUGAUUUUGGCAACAGCACCAUGGAGCAUGACUUCUGCAAUUUUGUUGAAGGAAAAUCUGGGCCUCUAAAGAUCGUGGAAACCAAUAAGUCUCCUCCCACCAAGAAAUGUCGCAGAGAGAAGAGCCGUCAGAAAGGAGAUAUCAUGGAACAACAAAUCUGGAAAGAUCUGCCUGAAGAUCUUGUGGAAGCUGUUGUAGCACGGCUUCCUGUUGCUACAAUCUUCCGGUUUCGCUUGGUAUGUAGUAGGUGGAAUUCCUUGAUUACCUCAGCCAGCUUCUCACAACAAUACGCAGAGGUUCCACGUGCGCAUCCAUGGUUCUAUACAACCACAACAUAUGAAAAUGUGAACGUUAGAGCCAUGUAUGACCCUUCUAUGAAGAAAUGGUAUCAUUCCUCCAUCCCAUCCCUACCAUCAUGGAUGACAUUCUUUCCUGUGGCUUCAGCUGGUGGUCUCAUCUGCUUCAUGGAUCUCAGUCAUAGGAAUUUCUAUGUUUGUAAUCCACUCAAUUGUUCCUUCAAGGAACUACCUUCAAUACAAGUUAAGGCCCACUUGAAUAUGGCUGUUGGGAUGAUUUUAAACGGGAAGACUGCAGAUUCUGGUUAUAAAAUAAUGUGGUUGGAUGAUAAUGGAAAUUAUCAGGUCUAUGAUUCAAUGCAGAACAGUUGGAGCUGCUCUGGGAACUUGCCUCCAAGCAUCAAGCUGCCACUCUAUUUGAAUUUCAGGUCACAGACUGUGUCCAUUGGCAGCAUGCUGUACUUCAUGUGUGUUGACCCGGGUGGUGUUCUAUGCUAUGAUGUGGCAACUUGCACUUGGAGGCAGUUCUUGAUCCCGUAUCCAGAGCAUGUAACAAACCACAUGCUUGCUGCGUCUGGAGAUCAGGUUUUGCUUGUGGGACUACUGUCCAAGAACGCAGCCACCUGCAUUGGUGUAUGGGAGUUGCAGAAGAUGACUCUCUUGUGGAAGGAGGUUGACAGAAUGCCAAACGUCUGGUGCUUAGAUUUUUAUGGAAAGCACGUUAAAAUGACAUGCCUGGGCAACAGGAAGUUGCUCAUGCUCUCCCUUGUCACAUCUGGUAGGUCAAGACGUCUAUCCACGCCACGUGUAGUGACCUAUAAUAUAUCAAAGAGGGAGUGGCAGAGGUUGCCGGACUGCAAGAUUUCUCGUGGGAGGAAGAGGCUCUUACUUACAUGUGGCACAGCGUUUGAUCCUUUUCCCAGUGCUCUGGCCUGACUGCUCUUUCGCCCUGUUCAACGAGAGGAAAAAGUGCCAGGUACAUUUGGUGCAGCGCAAGGUAACUCUUGAUGAUUGGGCUACUCAUGCUUUCUAUUUUAGUAUGGUUUCAUAUGAAGUUUAGACUGACAAGCAUACCUAUCGUGUAUGAUCUUGAUGGGUGGAUUCUGUGUUACGUUUGUAACUCUUUGUGAAUUAUGGUCGCGCACACGUCACGACUGAUUUACAACCAGGUUUAAGCUCGAAAAUAACCCUAUAUCUUGAUCACAAACCUUUGAAUCAACAUCGAUAAAAGUUUGUGUGUUUUUAUGAUGUUGUUUUCAUGAUUGCAAUUGAUUUUAAUUUAUCAGGUGCUACUUGUUAGUAAAUAUAGAGAAUCUCUCUGGUCUUCAACUAUACGAGAUGCUAUUGAAAUAUUAGAAGUUGUGCAUAGGUUCUAA